AUCCGAAAACCGAAAUCCCCCACUCUUCUCACCCGUUUCCCCACUCGCUCGCUGACACAUCGCACAUUCGCACCAUACCAGAUACCACCGCCGCUGCACACAAACCCAGAAACCACCGGCAAUAAACAACUCCCGCUCCCAGUCUCCGAUCCGAGGAAGCCGGAAGAGGGGAUUUCGAGCCGCGGCGAUCGGGGCUAGAGUGGCCCUCGACGCGUCCGCGGGUGGAAUUGCCGAGAAGCCGAGAGAGAGGGCUUGGAGCGGAGUUGCGGGAGGUGGGAGAGAAGGCGGCGAUGGGGCGCCUGUUCCUGAUGCACCUGGACGGCAACGUCUACAGCUGCAAACACUGCAAGACCCACCUCGGCGUUGCCAGCGACAUCAUCUCCAAGGCCUUCCAGUGCAAGCACGGCAAGGCGUACCUCUUCCAUAAGGUUGUCAACGUGACUUCUGGAGUAAAAGAAGACCGCAUGAUGAUCACAGGAAUGCAUACUGUUUCUGAUAUCUUCUGUGUUGGCUGUGGAUCCAUAGUUGGGUGGAAAUAUGAUGCGGCACAUGAGAAGGGCCAGAGAUACAAGGAAGGCAAGUUUAUUCUGGAGAGGUACAAGGUGUCGGGCCCUGACGGAAGCCAAUACUGGGUUCCACAAGAUGCUCACUUGGGCGGAAGCGACGCCGAUGACAUAUAAAACACGAUCCAACAAGCUCAAGCCUGUCGUUGAUCCCCUGUAAAUAACCUGGGUGGCGUUGCUCUUUAGGCAGCCGACAGCCGGGGAUUGCUCCAUUGAAAUAAUUCGCCGGCGUAAAUUGUUGCUGUUCCAGGUGACAUGAUCGUAUCCCUCCCUCCCUCCCGUUGUCCCUGGAAGUCAUUAGAUGUUACCGCUGUAUAUGUGCGUAACCUGUGUUGCUUAUAAGUCCAUCUGAGUUGUAUGCCAAGCACUAGUGACCAAAUAAGUAAAGUAAAUUUC